AUGUCCAGUGAUGCGCAGCACUGCUCAUUUGUACUUGUCGCCGACUUCGACAUCGACAGAGGCGCACAGUUGACAUACCAGUUUCCUCAGCCUCUUGGCCUCGAUGAAGGAAUCCUCGCCAACCUUAUGCUCCCCGAUGGCGCGGAGAGACAACCCGCGGACUGGACCGUGUUCUUCUUGAACCAGACACCGUUCAACACCAUCAAGCCCAUACUGGCCCUCGAAAACGAUGACGCGGAGGACACGGAGGUCGAGGGGCCGAAGAUGCUGUAUGUUAUCAACCUUGUGCGGACGAAGCUGGAUAAGACGGUGCGGAGAGGUGCCACAGUUAAGGCCAUGGCGAUAUGCACAAGAUACCCCUUCGUCCAGAUCUUCAAACCCGUGCUGCUUCUCGCGCUCGACGACUACUUCAUGAACCCGUCCCAAGAUUGCCUCGCCCGCCUCUUCGACGCGGUCAACGCGAUGGACUUUGCCAACAUGCCCGUCCUUUCACGCUGGGAGAAGAUCAUCCUCCGCAACACCGAGCGGCAGGACGUCCUCCUCGGCCGCUACGACGACCUCGCCCCCGGCUCGGACCCCACUACUGCAACGCAGGCGACGACCGCGUUCCACCCCGCGCUCCCUGGCCACAGGCCAACGAACUCGGCGGACUCGCGCGUCAGCUUCGACGAUGCCAUGCGCGCGGGCAAAGGUUUACCUCCCAAGAACGGCUCGGACCACCCCAAGGCGGCGGGCUCCGCGCGGAGCCAGGCGUCGCCGUCAGAAGCGUCGUUCUCGCUCGACGGGAGCGCGGUUUGGGUGGGAGACGAGAGCGGGCUCGACCAGAUGGGCUUCGUCCAGAACGCCGCGAGCGCAAGCAGCACGAGCGUGAGCACAGGCGGUACGCGGGGACGGAGAUCUGUCGACGCGUCCUCAUCAUCAUCGCAUGGGACCUAUGGGAACACACCGUCGUUUGGGGGAGCGGCAUCCGCGGCUUUGAAGGACUCGCACUUCUUCCAUACCGCGAUUAACUACAACGAGCAUUUGCUGCCGGUGAAGGUACCACUUGGGACGUUCCCAGGAGAAGUAGGCGAGGGGUCCUUGACGAUGCUUUGCACAACAUUUUCCCAACACAUCACAACCAUUUCCGGCCCACAGCAUCCACAUCUUCAUACUAACGGCACACUCACUCCUCCGGUCAUCGUACUAUUCAACGCACUGAUUACGGGAAAGCGCAUCAUCUUCCUCGGCCACCACAAACUCGCGGAAAACGUAUCAAAUCACGUCCUCGCUGCCUGCGCUCUGGGCUCGGGGUGCGGCAUCAUCCUCCGAGGAUUCAUCAAGCGCGCUUUUCCUUAUGCGACACUCAUCAAUCGAGACGAAUGGGAGAAUGUCCCCGGAUACAUUGCCGGCGUCACCAACCCGAUCUUCGAGGCAGCAGGUUCAUGGGACCUGCUUUGCGACAUCGGCACGAACCGCAUGGUUGUCCACAAGGACAUUUUCGCCAACCACCCCGCGUUAUGGACCCCCGCUGCAAACUCACUCAUCUCCCGCGCGGGCACGAUCAAGGCCGAGCAGUUGCUCGGAGAAGACGACGCCGUGCGCGGGCCGACCAAGGACGGAGGUGCGACACAGAAGCCCGAGUUCACAGGCCGCCCGGACAGCACCGACAAUGUCUUCAUCGAGGACAUCCUCAGCGCGAUCGCGGCGCACUACUCAGAGGCGCACGUGCGCGCGAAGUUCGCAGAGUACGCGCUCCGCUUCGUGCACGUAGCCUCGAGGUACGAGGAAGACGCUCUUGGGACGACGGCGAUUGGGUACCCGACCGCGGCGUACGCGGAGCGGGCACCGAAUGAGCGGCCGCGGUUGGGAAGUGGGCCGUUCUUUGCCGACGACGGGGCGGCGGGGAAGGAGCUCGCGGCGAACGCGGGGCGGAUCGAGGCGUGGCGGAGGACGGAGUGUUACAAGCUUUUCCAGGAGGACUUCACGUACACCAUGUCCAUCAAGCCUAUCGCGGCGUUCGACUUGUCGCACCAGCUCGCCCGCCUGCGGUAUGCGCGGAGUAUCUCGGAUAGGGAAGCAGAAGCUAUCUUCCGGUCACUAUCCGAGAACCUCAACAGCUACGACCAAGUGACAGAGCUCCUUUCGUGGCUCCCACCGCACCUCCACGGCCUACAGCCGCUCAGCUUCGGGCUCUUCCACCAGUCCGAGGUCGUCCGCGAGCUCACCGUCGACCUCUUCAACCAGCUCCGGGAGCACCCCAUCGGCGUGCAGUACCUCCAGGCGCUGAACCACUUCCAGCGGUACGCGUACGUCCGCCAGGCGCACGCGCGCGAGCUCCACGGACGUGACUCGAACGCGCUCACCAUCCCCGCGACGUCGUACAUGUCACGCACGCCGUCGAACCGGAGCGUGUCGAGCCUGACGAGCGGGUAG